AUGGAACAACCAGGCGUGAGCGGAAGCGGCGGAGCCGACAGCGAAGAUGCGAUUGCGAUAGAAUACGUCCGUGACGACGACGGCUACUUGAUCACAGUUGAGGAGCUGCGGGAAAGGAAGGAGGCCGAUGCCUGCCUGGCCAAUUCCAUCCGGGAAGAGAUCCGAGUCCGCAAACGGCUGCGACUCGAAUCGCUACGCACCGGAAAUCCUGUCGCACAUUCCAUCCCACAGGAGGUGUAUGACAGAGCUCUCAACGAUCCCGACUCGUUGACGAGCAGCGACUGUACUAUGAUUUUGGCUCGCGGCGACAUUUACAGCCGCGCCCUGAUUGGCGCAAAGCACUUGUUGACCCAGGCCCAGCGCUACGAAAUUAUCGGCUGA